AUGCGCUCCUGCAGCAGGCGCGUUCCACCACGUUCACCACCCGCGGUGCUCCUCCAGCCGCGCGUCAAAGCCAUAGACGCAACCGGGCCAGGAGCAGCUCUGCGCAGGUGCCCAGCAAGGGGCGAGCCGAUGCGCACCUCUUGUUCCUUUCAGCAACUGGUGUCAUUUGAAGACGUCGCUGUGGACUUCACCUGGCAAGAGUGGCAGCACCUGGGUAUUCUUCAGCAAAACCUCUACAGACAUGUGAUGCUGGAGAACUACAGCAGCCUGAUGUUCUUGGGGAACUGUAUGACCAAACCAGAUUUGAUCUUCAAGUUGGAGCAUGGAUUUGCACCAUGGACUGUAUUAGAAUGCUCAAUUCAGAGGCUUCCAGAAUUGAAAACUCAACACAAAAUGCAGUGGCCAGAGACUGAUGAUUUUAAACAAUUCCAGAACACCGUUUACCAGAAGUUGCAUCAGAUAUGUUAUCAAGGAACAAACACAGGUGACAAGCUGUGUGAAUGUAGGACAACUUUUAUCUCCAAGUCACACCUCACUAAUCAUCAGAGAACUCAAACAGGUGAGAACGCUUAUGAAUGUAAUGAAUGUGGAAAAGCUUACAUCACCCAGUCACCUCUCACUGUGCAUCAUCGAGAACACACAGGUGAAAAGUCAUAUGGAUGCACUGAAUAUGGGAAAGCUUUCAUCUCCAUGUCACAGCUCACCAGUCAUCAGAUAACUGACAUAGGUGAGAAGCCAUAUGAAUGUAUUGAAUGUGGAAAGGGCUUAAUCUGCAAGACACAUGUCACUAAUCAUGAUAGAACUCACACAGGUAAGAAACCAUAUAAAUGUAUUGAAUGUGGAAAAUACUUCAUCUAUAAUUCAGAUCUUAUUAGGCAUCAGAGAAGUCACACAGGUGAGGAGCCAUAUGAAUGUACUAAAUGUGGGAAAGACUUCAUCCACAAGUCACUUCUUACUAGGGAUCAGAUAACUCACAUAGGUAAGAAGCCAUAUGAAUGUACCCAAUGUGGGAAAGCAUUCUUCUACAAGUCAAGUCUCACUAAUCAUCAGAGAACUCACACAGUUGAGAAGCCAAAUGAAUGUACUGAGUGCCAGAAAGCUCACAUCUCCAAGUCACACCUAAUGAAUCAUUGCAGUACUCAUACAGGUGAAGCACCAUAUAAAUGUAAUGAAUGUAGGAAAGCCUUAAUCACCAAUUCACAGCUCACUAUUCAUCAGGGAACCGACAAAGGUGGUAAACAAUAUAAAUGUAUUCAAUGUGGAAAAGGCUUCAUCCGCAAGCCAGAUCUCACAAGACAUCAGAGAAGUCACACAGGCAUCAGAGAAGUCACACAGGUGAGAAGCCAUAUGAAUGUACUAAAUGUAGAAAAGCCUUCAUCCGCAAGUCACAUCUUAUUAGGCAUCAGAGAAGUCACAGAGAUAGAUGUAGAUCCUAACGAGAAAGCCACCACAUCAUACCUCAAAAGGGCCCGGCUGAAAGAUGCCGAGUUACCAAUCUGGAUUCCUGACAGGCUCGUUCAGCCUUUCAGGGCCUCAGGCUCUGAGUAUAAAAAGAAAGAGCAGACUAUGCUGCCAUCCAUAUCACCUUCCUGUGGCACCAAUUCACCAAACUGA